AUGGUUCCUCCAUCACCAUCUAUCAACUUCAAGUCUUCGUCUCCGAAGCCAGGUUUCUCCAAUCGUCCGCACGCUAUUCUGUUGUCACCUGUACGCGGGAGACCGCAGGAAGUGCCAGACACGGCUGUAUUAAGACCCGAUAAAAGGCCAUCGGAGAUUCAUCUGAUCAAACGACCCGACGGAUCCGGAAGUUCCGGCCAAGGCCACGUUCACACAGAAAUUCUUGUACAUCACAAACCGGAAACGAUAAACGUUCGACCUCAGCCCGCUCCUCAUUCAUCUGUUCAUUCUCAUGGACAUUCCGCUCAUCAACCGCCAGUGCGCGGCCAUUUUUCGAAUGGUCAAACCCCAGUGGAACCAGCUCCACCGAGACGUGUGGAAGUGGCGCCGACCGAAGUUCCACAUCGGUAUAUAUUCCUAGGAAAACCAGAUUCUGGAAACGAGAUAACGUUAGGCACUAACUGGAAAUCCGACAAAAAGCCGGUCAGAUUCGCUCUAAAUAAUCGACCGAGACCGCGACCGAGGCCGACAACCAAUCGUCCUUUAGAUAGACAUGUUUUCGUGGAACGACCUACUGGAUAUCCGCCGAUUAGGAAACCAACGUAUCCUGGGCCACAGAGACCUCCGACGAAGACGCACAACACCUUUGUAUUACCGCAUCGCCCACCAAUGAGUCCUCAAUCUCACCAGGAACCUACUCGGAUAUCGCCUAAUCUAUUCACUCUUCAAAUUGACAAUCAGAACAGACCGCCGCAUGUGUAUCCGGAUAAGACAAAUGUCGCGCCGCCGACUGAGCAGAGUGAUCAUGUGCCUACGGGAGCAAUAGAAUAUCACAAUCCGUUAUAUCCAAAUCCGAUAUCAGAAGAAAACAAACAUUCUCAAGUAUCCGCUACGAAAACGCAGCAUGUGUCGUCAGGAGAUUAUCUUGAAAAGUGGCAGACUAAUACGCAUACAGAGGAGACGCUACUAGAUUCUGACAUCGGUGCCUCGGAGUAUAUCAAUUACCAGAAUCAUCAUCAUGGAAAAGGAAAUAGAAGUCACGAAACCGAUAAUCAGGAUAAGAAAGAUGCAAUGGCGUCUUCUCAAAGCAUUAACCAAACUCUGAAUUCACAAACCUUGUAUGGGCCAGUUGUUUCUAUCAAUACGGUUGUAGGCAAGCCGCUGGAAGUCGAGCAAGAACAUGACGUGACUUACGAAAGCGAAGCAGACGGGAAGCCGUUACUGCAAGGACCUCACGGUACCAAUCCCUACAACACGAGACCUUACGAACUGCCCAUAAUACAAGGCAAGCCUUUCGGUGUUUACAAUGGCUACGUGGAUCCGGCCACUCCUUACGGGUACAAACAAAAAGAGGGCAGCAAACCCGAUUACGAAAUAGUUCACGGUAUACCCGCUCCUUACAAUGAAGAUGCAAAACCAAUUACUACGACCAAGAAGACGCAAGGCGGACAAGUCACAACACUGAACUCACUCGAACGCGACGAUACCAUCGAUUUAAAGCCACCGGCGAUUGUACCUCCAUUCGGCGAGGUAGAUAGACCCGGAAGACCGUUUUCUAGACCGAUUAGACCUGACACGAGACCUGGUUUAACACGAAUCAAACCAGAGAUAUUAACGAAACCGCCGAUUAAAUUAGAAGUUAGACCCGAUUACACUGGCAAACGUCCGGAGAAUGUCAAGCCGAAUACAGAAAUUUAUGUCAAUCAAACAUUGAAUCACGGAAUAAAUCUUCAAAAUUGGAACGUAGACGUAGCGGUCCCGGAUAUUACAAAUUCUCAGCAGAAAAUAUCAACCGGGCAUGAUUUCCGGAUUUCCGAAACAAAAAUAGCUGCAAAUAAAAAUGGCACUACAUCUCGUCCGGCUACGAUCGGCAAUAAACGUCCAAGUGUCGUUCGACCAGAAUACGGAACGUUCACGAGGGUGCACCCGGAAUAUCCUCAUAUUCUGACGAAACCGAAACCACAAGUGCCGGAGCCGGUAAUAGUUUCAAGUGGUACUGCGGGAUUGGAGACGCACGGUCGUCCAAACGUCAAGUUCUCCAUGUCGGUGGAGGCUACGGGCGAGGAAGUGGACAGUAAGACACAAACCGAGCGGCCGCCCAGUAUGUUAGUCACGAAAAAUAAUCCACCGCAUAAUAAAAAGAACGAUGAAACUUUGGAUACGUACAAGCCAAACUUUGCCUCCUCGGAUUCUCAAGGCGAACCGAGCAAAAUCAAGGAAACAAAUGUUCCCUCUAGAAACAUGAUGCCACCGCCUCUAAACGUGGGAGUCGGAUCGAAUCAAUCGAAGAAACAAGAGCAAGAGGGACUUAAACCACCGCCACCGCCGUCGAGCGAUGUGCUUGGAUUGUCGCCACCCCCGGUAGACAUCACUACUACUCAUAUGACGACCGACGAGUCAGGUUUGAAGCCGCCGAAAUACGUACCUCUAAGGGAAUCGACGACGGUUGCACCGCCUAGCACAAAUAUGGUUCCGCCCAGCCCGAGACCGUCGCUCACAAGACCUUUCCUCGUAGAGCUACUGUCGCAGGACAUGGUGCCGCCGCCGCCGAUACUGACAACUACGAGACCGCUCGAGAUUGCUACUGUGAGACCAGCAGUCGCGGUUUCUGGUUCCAUACAGAUAGCCACUGCCGUCGCGACGUCACAUAUCCCGGUGAUCCAAGAUAUCGAAUCGAAAAUCCCAAUUAUUCACGGCACCGUUGAUCUACCAGUUGUAGUCGACGUCCCCGAGAUCCUUAGACCUGCGGAAACGCGAAUGACCGAACACGUUAGCAUUUACACCGUGCGACCGUUUGAUACAAGACCCGUGUCUAGAAUCGUCAUUCAAUCGACAUCGGCGUCCACAAAUAUAGUAAUACCGACAAAACUGCGACCACCGCAAGUGGAUCACAUUCAACCGAGCAGAUCAUCGACAAUCCAUCGCGAUGUCGAUCCGACGAGAACGUACGUUCUGGAUAUCCCACCAAAUCCUGUUAAGCGACCCGAGCAUCCGGUAUUCUUAGAAUCUAGCCACGAGAGCAUCCUACCAUCGAUAAGAGUCGAGCCCACCGAGUCUUUAACAUUCAUCGUAGGAACGGAAAAGAAACAACAUUCGAUGAUGUCGAACGUCAAGACGCAAAAACCGCAAGUAACCGAAUACAAUAUCGUGAAUAAAACGGCGAACAAAGAGUCAUCCGUGGUCGUCACCAGAGUUGAUAGUUCGAUCACUAAAGUAACAAGUACGUUGAUACCAACAUCGGGCAAUAAGACGCGAUCAGAGGCAAGUAACUCGACUACACAAUUUACAAAGAAUAUUGUAAAGACCACCAGUACCAUCGUCAGGGAUCAAUUCAACGCUACAAUACGCACGAAGCCAAAAGAGGUACGGGUGUCCCGACAUAAGGUUAUAAGUUAA